UUGUGUAUCUAUUUCCUAGUAAUUCGUUUCACAUUCUCCGUCGAAACACAUUCUGCAUCGGAUUAGCUCGCCUAGUAGUCAUCAAUGAACCGUGAUUUUAUUUGUGAUCGAAGAAUCGGGACUCAGUGCAUUGGGAAAAAACUAACUUCAAAUGUUACGCGCAAGGAAGGAUACAAUUUCGCGAUAGAAUUUUUGUAAUUUUCAGCUGAUAAAUGAACCUUAACAACAAAAGGUUGAAGGAAGAAGUUGCGAAAUUCAAGGUGAAAUAAAAAUAUUAGUUCCAGCCGAAGCAGAACCGUUCUGUUGCGCACAGCAGAAGAAAGAAGCGGAAAGGUCAACGCGUUUUACAGCGAGAUACACGGAGCUGAGCAGUACUUUGUGGUGCUCUGGUGGAAAGGUGCAUUUACAGUGUGGGGGGGAUUGAGUGCCAGACAGUUUCUGGAAGUGCCUAGCUCGUGUGGUUAUAGUAAAGCUAUCCAUUAUCAAUCAACGUACUACGGAGUAAAAACAGCUGAACCGUGCCGUGACCGUGGAGAAUCAGUAUAGGGCAAAAUGGCAGAUCAAGAAUCGGAUAUGGAGUAUUCCUCGGACAACGAUUACGAGUUUGAAGAUUAUUAUAAUUCAGGCCUAGAAGAUUGUGAUAUCGAGCAAAUUGACCCGAAACGUUCCGAUCCCGAGUAUUUCGUCUACGACUGUCUCGACGUAGAAGAGGUAGAAAAGCUACUCAACGAACUGGUGGAGAAGCUGAGCAACUUACUACAGAUAACGCCUUCGUUGGCCAAGGUGCUGCUGCACGAAACGAGAUGGAACACAGCCGAAGUGGUAGAAAAGUACAGAAACAACGCAUCCAAUCUGCUGGUUAGUGCCCGCAUCAAGGCAGCACCGGCGGCCGUAGCCUCAACUUCAUCCGCUCCUUUACUAGCUUCCAGUAUGAGUGGAAUGCUUCCUGUUGCCAGCAUCGCACCAACUGCGAUUCCCAGCACUAGUACGAAACCUCACACACUGGCCGUUCUAUCACCAACGACGUAUCGUACCCAUCUCUGCCCAGUUUGCGUUACUGUUCAAGCACUCGAUAAAUUUCACAACCUCUCCUGUCAGCACUCGUUCUGCAGAGACUGUUGGGCGAUGCACUUCGAAAUCCAAAUUAGCCAGGGCAUUUCUACUCAGAUUGGUUGUAUGGAGCAAAGAUGUGACGUUCGUGUGCCCGAGGAUUUGGUGCUAAACUUGCUCAACCGGCCUAUGUUGCGGGAUAAGUACCAGCAGUUUGCCUUUGCCGAUUACGUAAAAUCACAUCCGGAACUGCGGUUUUGUCCGGGACCGAAUUGUCAGAUAAUAAUCCGCAGCUCGGACAUCAGUCCGAAGAAGGCUACCUGUCGCGUGUGUAAGACGAGCUUUUGCUUCCGCUGUGGUACCGACUAUCAUGCCCCAACCGAUUGCCAAAUCAUCCGCAAAUGGCUAACCAAAUGUGCCGACGACAGUGAAACCGCCAACUAUAUCAGUGCCCACACGAAGGACUGCCCAAAGUGUCACAUCUGUAUCGAAAAAAAUGGUGGAUGCAAUCAUAUGCAGUGCUUCAACUGCAAACACGACUUCUGCUGGAUGUGCCUCGGUGACUGGAAAGCACAUGGUUCGGAGUAUUACGAGUGCUCUCGGUACAAGGAAAAUCCAAACAUCGCCCACGAAUCUGUCCACGCACAGGCACGCGAAGCUCUCAAGAAGUACCUUCACUAUUACGAACGUUGGGAGAACCACUCAAAGUCGUUGCAAUUGGAACAGCAAACCUUAGACCGUAUGAAGGCACGUAUUAACGAAAAAGUGAUGAAGGGUCUUGGAACCUGGAUUGACUGGCAGUACUUGUUUGACGCCGCGGCUCUGCUAGCGAAAUGCCGAUACACUCUGCAGUAUACCUAUCCUUAUGCUUACUUCAUGGAAGCUGGAUCCAGAAAAGAUCUUUUCGAAUACCAACAGGCUCAGCUAGAGGCAGAAAUAGAAAACCUAUCCUGGAAAGUCGAACGUGCGGAAACUACCGAUCGUGGCGAUCUAGAAAACCAGAUGGAUGUAGCUGAGAAACGAAGAACCACGCUCCUCAAGGAUUUUUUCCCAACAGAUGCGUGAGUAAUCUUUUGUAAAUCGGGAAAAAAUUUACCUCUUUACCGCGCGUGUAUAUUUUAAGUAACGAAUAACACAAGCUGAGAUAUAAAUCCCUUGAUUCCCACCUCUCAAAUCCAAUCUUGUGACGAAGUCCCAAUCAAAACGCAAUUGUCGGGGUACCUACUCGUCUUCAAGAAGCGUGGAAUUUAGUACCGCGUUUAAAACUCAUUUCGAAAAAAGAACGUAAUAAUAUUACAUUCUAAAUUAAGAGCUAAUUCCUACCGGUAGAUGAAAGGAUAGAUAAUUUUUUACGUUCAAAGUUUUUCUAAAAUGUAAUAUUCCUAUGAUUGCACCAAAUGAUCUUCAAAAUAGAGUAAACGAACCGUACGAAUAAACUUACCAUCUAGUAUCAAUCGGUUGAGAACAAUUUGAAACGCUGCGCUGUAAAUUCAAAUUCACACACUCGAGCGAAACGUAAUAAAAAGUAUGAAGAAAUAUAUUUCCAAUAUUCAGCGUGAGGAUCGAACAUCGAAAUCAGACCUAGCACGCUGCAGCAUCUAGCGGUUACCGGGGAUGAAAGCAAAGGUCCUCACUCAAGUUUUUGUUUUUAUUUUCGAUAGCGUUCAAUGUUAGAUGAAAUAAUUUUGGACAGUAUAAGUAAAUUAAAACGUAUAUACUAAGGAUUACUGGUAUAUAAUGAGAAGGCUUGAU